GAUAUACUGUGUCUCAACUCUCAACGUUUAAUAUCUCGGUUCGUAGGGCAGAACGACACUUUUUUCUGCCAGAUUCUUCCGUUUGUAUUCUUUACCUUUACCAAGUAUGGAUAAUGAUUCUUUUGACUUUUCCAAUUCUGAUAAAAUCUUUGAGAACAACAAACUUGUUUUAUUACAAACCAAUGCAUUGCAAAAGGAGCAAGCUUCAUUACGUCUGAGAUUAAGACGCUCUACAGAACAAAGUAUAUAUAAAAUAGAUACCGAAUCAGAAGAUGAGAAACCUAAGAGAUUAACUAGAAAUACAAAACGUCAUAUGAAAAAUUUGCAAGAUGAAAAUCAAGUGUUACGUAAGGGUGCAAGAAUUAUAAGGUUUCCUAAAAGAUAUUCAGAUUAUAAAUGUUCUUCUAAAUCCCAAGUAUCGGUUUUACAAAGAGAUCAGAUUAGUUGUGAUAAAAAGAAACUAGAUUCAUUGGACACUUCUAAUAUAAGAAAACAAACUAAUAAUCUCUACAAAAUCAAGAUCAAAACUUAA